UUUAGAAGCAAAGGGUCAUACGUGUGACUUUGGCAAUCCUUAAAUUCAGGACCAAAAUGUUCUGCACUCAAUCUUCUUCUCAAGUCACCUAUCUUAGGUGAAGAAUUGUUGAUUUGUUUGUGUUGUCUUUGCAUUCUCAAAUGGCCUCAACACCUCAAACUCCAAAAGACCAUGCUAUCUAUGUGAGUGCACCCACUAGCCCAAGUGUGUGGAGCUUACACAGCUUGCAAUUCUACAGUGCACCGGCUAGUCCCACUGAUAGCGACAACGAAUUUUCUCAGAGAAAGAUGGAGAUGAAUGAAGAUUUCAAUUCUAAUUUCGAUGACUUUGAAUUCGAAACUAGUAAGAAUUUCGGUCCCGGCGGUUUUGGAUUUGAGACAAGUGGGCCUUUUGAGUGCCUGUCGGAUGAUCAAGAGCGACAAGUGAAGGAAAAACAACCGCAGCGUGGGGACUCACUUCCCACUAUGGCAUUUGCAGACGAGCUAUUUUACAAUGGCCUAGUGAUGCCUCUAAAACUCCCUCCUCGGCUUCAGUAUGUCAAUGACACGAAACGCGUUGGUCUGAACUCAACCGCUUCUUCACCAAGGUCCCCUGGCUCGGGAUUUAGGAUGCCAUUUUCGUGGUGGACUAUGUCAGAUGAUGAUUUUGAUCCGUUCACGGUUGCAUUGGAGAAAGUGAAGGGAGAAAAGAGGAGAAAAAAUCACGCGAACCACCAUAGGCGGAGUAGGUCCCUUUCGCCUUUUAGGACCACUACUCCAAAGAGGUCCAAUGAUGACUCAGAAGGGUGGAACCAAGACCAAGACAAGCUAGGGAGUCCCCUGGAACUCAAGCAGUAUCAAUUUGGACCGAACCCGGAUGGGCCGAAGGAGUCCAAGGGCUCGGCCUAUGCAAGAUGGGUUCGAGACCAAAACCAACAAAUGGGCCUGAAAAAGUCGCCAAAUGCGGAGACAAGCCCAAAAGGACCAUCCAAGACCAAGGGUUGGUUCAGGAAGGGUGUGAAGCCUGUGAAAAUGGAGCAAGAAGGGGCCAUCAACCCAACUUCAACCACAAUUCCAUGGCCCAAAGUAAAGAAAGGAGAGAGAAGUGAAGAAAGUGGUGAAGGGUCUUGUUAUGUGGAAACUAGAGUACAAAAAGUGGGGAGAUUUCUAAUGAGAUAUGCAUCAUUUGGGAGAGAAAACAAUGAAGACAAACCAAUAGAACAAGAGAAAGCACUGGUGAAGGCAAGUUACUUUAGGGGACUAAGCUUCUCAUUUAAGGGAAAUGCAAAUAGAAAUGGGAAGAAGAAAAAGGUGCAUGGAGAGUCCAAUAUGGCAAUCGCAAAAGCAUGGCCAAGACCAAAACUCACUCUAUGUUUGGGUUAUGGUAUUGGAAGUCCAAGGGCAAGGACUUGAUAGUCCACACAGUCCACACGGUUGAAAGGACAGUCUCAUCAUGAUAGGCUUACUUGGUCUCUCAAUCCGACGGUUGAAAAGGCAGUCUCAUCAUGAUAGGCUUACUCUUUUUUCUUCUCUUUUUUUAUCAAAAGAUGUUUGACGAUUGUAACUUUGUAAAAUUCUCUUUUUUGCAUUCAGAGUCUAGUUGCAGUAACGUUGAAAAUAUAUGUAAUUCAACAUAUAUACAUUGUAUUUUUUAUGUAUAUAUACAAUAA